AUGGCCUCCCAGCUUCCAUUUCCACUUUCAAUGCCCGCGCAUAGGGCUGCAAGGUCACUUGCAGUAACGGCAUUCUCACAGUUAAAGGGCUCUUGGAGAAUCAUUAACAAGGUCAUGUGGAGACCCGAUAAGCAGAAACUUCUGAGCAUCAUCUUGGUAUGUUGUUUACUUCACAAUAUAAAAAUUGACAGUGGAGAUAUAUUACAACCAGAUGUUGCUUUAUCUGGUCAUCAUGACUCGGGAUAUGGCGAACAAUGCUGUAGGCAAGUUGAUCCCUUGGGGAGGACUAUGAGGGAUAUCCUAGUGAAACACUUGCUGCACAGCAAGCAGACCGCUGCACCAAAGUGA